CUCUCUCAACAACUGCUUCUGUCAGGUCUCUUUCAACUCUGCUGUUCAGGUCAACCUUCUUGACCUGUUCAGCAGUGCAUUACACCUCUUCAGAAGCACGAACUGCAAAAAACCGAGCAUCUUCACCAGUCACUGGUCAGUCACUCAACACACCGACUUCCACCCAACCCACAAAGCACUUGUUGAACCGAAGGAAAACCGGGGAUCUACUAGUCAUCUGCCUAUAUACGAGACCAACUACAGCUAGACCCACGACCUCCUUGUCACCCUCCCUCACUUGACGCGCACCGGGGCCGCUCAACAUGAAUUCUGCACCCAAGCCUUCGUUACUUGGCCUCCCAGUUGAGGUCCGCCUCCAAAUCUACCAGCACAUCUGGACUAUUUCCCAGGAGGAACAAUACCUCGGGUGGGCUUACACGGGGAGAUAUUAUUGUCAAAGGGAGAUCACAUACCUGAAGGCCUCAUACCUGAAGGCUCAACUAUCAGCAAUUUCCACACUCGGUGCUAUCUACCAAAAGAUCCGUAACGAGGCGUAUGCGGAAUACUUUCACACCACCCAGAUCUAUCUGGGAUGGGGUUAUUUUGAUUUCUGGGAGAUGAGUCCCUUCUACCAGCACGACAGGGAGGCUCUGGAACUCAUUCGAACGUCCUACCUACUCCAAACGCGGGCUCGACACAUUUGUCUGCACUGGGUCGAUGUCCCGCCAUUCGAGCCGCUGGGGCCGCUGGGAAUCAGCAGAGCACAGCAAGACCGAUAUUUCGUUACGAAACGGAUGCGCGACAAUCACAAGAUUGCCAUGGAAUGCUUAGAGACCCGCUUCCCGAAUGCCAUCACGUUGGAUGUUAUCUGCGACGUCAACCCUUUUGAUGAUGCGUUUUGGUACUUUUGGCGCGCUCAACAUUUCGAACUGUCAAUCAACAUCACCGAGAACUUCAAUAUGUCCGAGAGCUAUUACGGCGACCGGGAUUCGGAAAGGAUCAAGAGUCUGCCGUUUCGCAGGCUGGAGAAAGCGGUUGUGCGGACUGUUUCUCGGACCUAUCCCAGGGGCAUGAGUUUGUUCAGGGAUCAUGAAGAGGCGGCGUGGUUUCGUAGGUUCAAGGAGGACGUCGCUACAUUGGUCGCUCCGCGCGAGGAAGGAGACGAAGACCGAUCGUACAUCAUCAAGAACCACAUCGGCGGUAUCUAUCUCAAGUGGCCCCGAUCCUACAAAAUCUGAUCUUUCACGCAAGAACCCCUCUUCGGUUCGACCUCCUAAUACGGCAAACUUCAGGGAAGGUGGCGGUUUCUCGGCAUUGACAUAACACUCCUUGACCACGCUACCUCUGGAUAGCAUCUCAUCAACCAAGGGCGCGCGAAACAAGAUACCUACCACUUGACAGUUGCGUAUUUACACUUUACGGUUGAAAAGGGGCCUACAUGUAUUAUGGAGGGAGGAGGGCAGAAUACAUGUGUUGGAAGAUGGAGUGUUGCGGAGGAUUUGAACAAGGGGUGUCAAUUUAUGUUUCUGUAAUAAGCGUCUGAAGGAUUUAUCAAACCCAGGACGGGUACUAAACUUUCCCCCCUUCUGCGGUAGGCCUCGGGUUUUCUAUAUAUAGAGGUACUUUUUACUUUGCCCUUCACCUCCUCUCAACAUAAACCUUCUUGAAACCUGUUGGAAAUCCGUGCCCUGGGUUC